AUGGCGGGAAUGGAGGCGGCCGUGUCAAACCAUGUCAACGGGACUGCCGAGCGCGCAGAAACCGACACACAACACCUUUCACCGCAUGAUACCAAGACCGACUCCUACGAGGAAGUCUACGAGCCCAGCAAGCGGGACACCGCGCUUCCAUCGGUGAAGACAGAGCCCACUAGUUCGACUUUGGAGGAAUUUCCGGUGAGCUAUGAGAUUGAGACCAAAUCUGUGGGGCUUGAUGGGGUGGAUGACCAUCCGACCUCAAGGACAGUUACGAAUCUGAAGCACGGGCUGACAUCUCGCGCGUCCUCGUCUGAACGAUCAUCACCCGCCACGUCGGUCAAGCCAGCGUCAAAUAAAAAGGCAGGGACGGGAGCUACAAAGAAAGGAAUGGCCAAGAAGCCUGCUGUUAAGAAGCGCAAAGUGAAUGAUGCCGACGGAGACAGCGUUGAUGGUCGGCGGUCCAAUACGCCCGUUUCUCGCACUAGCAAAACAAAAAAGCAGGACUCGGUUUCAGUUACAGGGUCUCCAGCACCGGAAGACAGAAAGCCUAAAAAGCGUGGGAAAAGGGCCGGAAAUGGGGAAGAUGAGGAUGAAAGUGAGAUAUUCUGCAUCUGUCGGCGGCCAGAUAAUCACACGUGGAUGAUCGGGUGUGAUGGUGGCUGCGAAGAUUGGUUUCAUGGGAAAUGCGUCGAUAUCGAUCCCCGAGAUGCAGAUCUGAUCGAUAAAUACAUAUGCCCCAACUGCAGCCAAAGAGGGAAAGGCUGCACAACAUGGAAACCAAUGUGUCGACUAUUCGAAUGCCGCCAACCCGCGCGCGUGAAGGUCAAGCCUCCCAGCAAGUACUGUUCCGACGAACACGGCCGAGAAUUUAUGCGUCGACAGACUCGACACCUCCGGCUGGGCUCUUCGCGUCCACACAAGUCACACAAGUCGCAGGACGAAGAUCUGGGCAGCAUGGGCGGUAUCUUAACAGCAGGGGAUCUGAGCGCUGUUAUCAUGGGCGUGGGCUCCGCAGAGGAGUUCCGCAAACUCGGUAACCGCAUCGUCUCCCCACCGCCCGAAGCUGAUGAAAACGAAGCAAGUCCCGUGGAAGAGAACCAGACGACCGAGUCCGCACCGCAGGGCGGCAAGAAACUGGGACUCGACGUGGAUGUCAAGGACCUGAUGUACACGGCGGACGAGUCAGCGAAGCUCGAAAAGCUUCGCAAACUGAGGGAAGACCUAAUCCACCGCAAAGAGAUGCUUGCCGUGCGGACCAGUUUCAUCACCCUAGUCCGACAGCGGUCCAAGAGCGUGGUUGAGCGGUUGAAGCUGAAUGAUCCCAAAGGCGGAUGGAAAGAUAUCUGUGGAUUCGACUCGCGGUUAUCCUGGUCAGAUGAAGAGUUCGACGAAUGGCGACUCUCGGAUGCGGGGAAAAUUGCGCUCUUAAAAGGCACCGCCGAGGCCCUGGCGUCGAGUUAUCCGGUCACUCCCACGUCCACAGAUGCCGAUGGCGAUACUGCGAUGGAUGUUGAGAAUGACAAGGAUGAGAUGGCAUUUUUGACCCGCGGCAUCUGCACCAAGAAACGUUGCGAAAGACAUAAGCAGUGGGUUAAGGUGCAGCAGCAGGACAUUAUGUUCGAGGAAACUACCGCCGACGAGGACCUUGCCAAGUGCGAAGACGAAGCACAGGCCGUGGUGGAGAGGGCGGCGCUGAGGACGUGGGCUGAGACGGAUGCCGAAUAG